CGCCGCCGUUGCUUUGCGCUCUUUUAAUCUCUCGGGGUGUUCCCGUCAUGGCUUCCAAAGUCAUUCCCUGGUAUAAGCGGAAUCGCGGCAGCCAAGUGAAAAGUGAUCUCGCUUAUCAGUACAGCACCAAGCGUGUCGUCUCUGAGCAGACGACACAAAGCAAGUCAAGUUCCAAGUCGACGAGGCAGGUGCAGGCCGCGGCCACAGAGGCAAUGGCGGAACCGGAGUACACCAUCCCGGUGUUUCGGCAGAGGACCAGCGAAGAGACAGGAGAGACUGAGGAGUACCAGCGAGUGAGCACAAAGUUGGAAAAGGGCUUGGCUGCCAUCCAGGAGGAACUCCAAAGGAUGAGGAUCUCCACCAAGGCUCAAGUCGAUAGUCUGGCCAUCGAGAAAGAGGUGAAGGAGAAGAUGUACAGGAAAGUGGAUUUGCUGGAGGAAAUCCCGCGCAUGCCAGACUUCAUCGUGGCCUUGCGGCCUCACACCGUGUGGGAGAAGAUGCCCGUCAAACUCUUCUGCACCGUGCUGGGGACCCCCAUGCCCGUCGUCAAAUGGUACAAAGGAGGCGUCCCAGUGGACCCUCUGAGUGCUCCAGGAAAGUACAAGAUUGAGAGCAAAUAUGGAGUACACAGUUUGAUCAUUAGCAGGUGUGUAGUGAGCGACACUGCAGAUUACAGCGCCGUGGCCACCAACACACACGGCACAGCCACCAGCGCGGCCACAGUCACUGUCAGGAGAGCGAGUGGAGGCGGAUGGUCCAGUCAGAUCGGUAUAGUUCCUCGUCUGAGCGGGAGCCACUUCAGUAAGUUGGAGGUGAGCCUGGUGCAUUGUUUCCCGGUCACAUUCGGCGUGGAGGGCGAGUCGGCCAGCCUGCUGUGCUCCCUGGUGGUGGUCCCCGAUCUCCCCAACCUGCCCCCCGCCAUCGAGUGGUACCGAGACGAUAAACUUUUGCAGCCUGGCCCCCUGGUGGACAUGUCGGUGGGCGGCAGUGUGGCUCGCCUGGUGUUGCCCCACCUGGCCAAAGACGACGAGGGUCUUUACACAAUCCGCGUGUUCACCAAGGACGGCACCUCCGAGCACUGCGCCUACCUCUUUGUUUCAGAUGCCACCCCCCCUGUGGCUGGGGCCCCCGGAGCCCCCAUGAGCGUCAAGGCGUAUGACAUCAACUCCGAAUACAUCCUGGUUGCCUGGAAACCACCCAACACCGUCAACGAGGCAGCCAUUACUGGUUACUUUGUGGACAGGUGUGAGGGGGUGAGCGACUCAUGGGUCCAGUGCAACGACGCCCCGGUUAAGGUGUGCAAGUACCCGGUCCACAGCCUGAAGCCGGGCCACUCGUACCGCUUCCGGGUCCGAGCCGUGAACAGCGCGGGUGUCAGCAGGGCCUCCCGCCCGUCCCACGUAGUCACGGCCCUGGACGCCGCCGAGAGCGCCAAGCUGGAAGGUAGCCACGAAGGCGUAGCGUCCGCUCCAGGCCAACCGGUUGCCACCCGCAACACCAAGUCAUCUGUCUUCGUCCAGUGGGAGGCACCCAGGCAUGGGCAGCAAGACCUGAUGGGAUACUACAUCGACGGCCGCGUGGUGGGCAGCAAGGACUGGUUUGCCUGCAACCACAAACCUUUCAAACUCAACAGGUUUGUGGUGCACGGCCUAACGCCCGGGGAGACCUACGUGUUUCGGGUGCAAGCCGUCAAUGUCUUCGGACUGAGCGAAGAGUCUCAGGAGUCGGGACCCAUCGCAGUAGAGCCGGCCCUGGCCACCCCCAGCUCCCCAUACGGUAUAAGCCUGUUGAAUUGCGAUGGCUCCUCCAUGACGGUGUCCUGGAGCAGCCCCAAGCGCUGCGGUGGCUCCAAGAUCAUUGCCUACUAUGUGGACAGACGCGACGUCGACUCACUUGUCUGGAAGGAGGUCAACGUAAACGGCAUCAUGGACCGAGUGUGCACAGUGGAUAAUCUGACGGAGGGAACCUUCUAUGAAUUCAAGGUUCAGGCGGCCAAUUUGGCAGGCGUGGGUUUGCCCUCGGCUCCAAGUCUCGCGAUGAAGUGUGAAGCUUGGACCAUGGAGCAGCCAGGUCCGGCUUACGAUCUGACCUUCAGCGAGGUCCGCAGUCACUCCCUGGUCCUGGUUUGGAAAGCUCCAGUCUACACAGGGGCAAGCGCCGUUUCCGGAUACUUUGUGGACAUGGCCAAGAAGGGCUCAUGCGAGUUCGUUGCCCUGAAUGAGAGUUCAAUCAGUCAGCGCUACAUGCAGGUAAGCGGUCUGGAGGAGGGCGAGUGGUACGUGUUUCGUGUUCGCACCGUCAAUGCUCACGGCAUUGGUAGAGCCUCCCUGGUGACUGAGGCCGUCUGCGCCAGACCUCCUCCGGGCACCAAAGAGAUUUUGACCGGUGUGGACGAGGAAACGGGCGACAUCUUCCUGUCUCUGGAGGCCUCUGACAUCAGCCAGACCUCUGCCUUUGUGUGGUCCAAGAACUACAAGCCCAUCGGCGAUUGCCCUCGUGUCACUGUCACCACCAAAGGACGCACUUCCAGACUGAGUUUCAUGAACCCCGACAAAGACGAUCUGGGCCGUUACUCCGUGCUGGUCACAGACACAGACGGCGUGUCCGCCAGCCACACGCUCACUGAGGACGCACUCAACUCCAUGCUGGAGCUCAGCCAUGCCAUCAGGAACCCCAUCGUCCCACUCAAGCACGGCCUCAACUAUGAGGUACUGGAGAAAGGCCAUGUGCGCUUCUGGGUGCAGGCCAUCAAGCUUUCGCCCGCCGUGACAUACAGGUUCAUCGUGAACGACAAGGAGUUGACCAGCGGCGAGGGCCACAAGAUAAAUCACGAUGUGUCUACGGGCGUCAUCCAGAUGAUCGUAGACAAUUUCACCCGAGACAGCGAGGGCACAUACACGAUGCAAAUCCAUGACGGCAAGGCCAAAGCGCAGAGUUCCCUGGUCCUUGUUGGAGAUGUCUUCCUGGCGGUUCUGAAGGAAGCCGAGUUCCAGAGGAGAGAGUAUGUCAGGAAGCAAGGUGCACAUUUCUCAGAGUACCUGACUUUCACCGUCAAUGAGGACUGCACCGUGAUGCUGACCUGCAAGGUGGCCAACGUGAAAAAGGAGACCACCUUCCACUGGUACAAAGAAGACGAGGAGAUGGUUCCGGAAACUCCCCCCAACGUCAUGACGGGAGCCUGCGCUCUCCCUAUCCCGCUGUUUUCCAGGAAGGAUCAGGCCGUGUACAAGGCCGUGAUCGGAGAUGAGCGUGGAAAGGACACGUCCACCUAUGACAUCUCAGGACAAGUCUUUGAUGACAUCAUCAACGCCAUCGCAAGGAUCGCUGGCGAUUCGGCUUCUGAACUGGUGCUCCAGUGUACUCCGGAGGGUAUCCGUCUGCAGUGCUACAUGAACUACUACACGGAGGAGAUGAAGACCGUGUGGAAACACAAGGAGAGCAAGAUCGCCUCCUCUGAGAAGAUGAGGAUCGGCGGCACGGCCGAGAUGGCCUGGAUGCAGAUUUGCGACCCGUCAGACAAGGAGAAGGGUCUGUACACCAUCGAGAUCUCUGACGGCGUCAAGACCCACGCCAGGACCUUCGAUCUCUCUGGACAAGCUUACACCGACGCCUAUGAGGAGUACCUGAGAUUAAAGGCUGCUGCGUUUGCGGAGAAAAACCGCGGCCGAGUGCUGGGCGGCCUGCCCGACGUGGUCACCAUCAUGGAGGAUAAGUCCCUGAGCCUGACCUGCACAGUAUGGGGCGAGCCCACUCCCGAGGUCACCUGGUUCAAGAACGAGCAGGAAGUGGCCUCUAAUGAGCACACCAGGAUUACCUUUGACGGCGGAAAAUUCUCCAGCCUGGUCAUCAACCAGGUCACGCCUGAAGACUCGGGCAAGUACAGCAUCAACGUGCGCAACAAGUACGGCGGCGAAUUUGUGGAAAUCACCGUCAGCGUAUACCGGCACGGAGAGCAGAUCCCAGAGUCCAAGCUGGGCCAGACCAAGAUGGCCACGCCCGCUGUUAUACCGCCCUCCAAGACACCUACCCCUGCCCCGUCUAAGACCCAGACCCCGGCCCUGUCCAUGAAGAGCCCCACACCCGCCUCCACCCCCAAAUCCCCGACCCCGGCUCCCAAAUCCCCCACUCCGGCCCCUAAAUCUCCCACCCCGGGCCUGAAAUCUCCUACCCCAGCCCCCAAAUCUCCCACCCCGACCCCCAAAUCUCCAGGCUUCAAGUCUCCAACCCCCUUUGGAAAGUCCCCGACUCCAACCCCCAAGUCCUCUACCCCCACCCCGACACCUAAGUCCCCGACCCCCAGUGUCAAGUCGCCCACUCCACCCAGAUUCAUGAAGUCUCCAACCCCACCCAGGAAGUAGGUGGUGGCCCACCCUGCCCUUAAAGUCCCUCACCCCUGGCCUGAAAUCUCCAGACAUCAAGUCUCUGACUUUCUUGGGAAUGUCCCCAACUCCAGCUCCCAAGUUCCUGACACAUACCCUGACACCAAAGGUCCCUGACCCCUAGCGUCAAGUCGCCCAUUAAGAGUCAGGAAGUCCCUCACCCCAGGCCUAAAAUCUCCCACUGCAAUCUACAACUUUCCAACUCGCUUGGCAAUGUCCCCAACUCUAGCCCCAAAGUCCCUGACGCAUUGCCCGACACCAAAGUUCUCAACCCCCAGCGUCAGGUCACCCACUCCACCCAGAUUCAUAAAAUCUCCAAUCCCAUCCAGGAGGUAGGUGGCGCUUCAACCUGUCCUUGAAGUCACCCACUCCACCCAGAUUCAUGAAGUCUCCAAAUCCCAUCCAGGAGCUAGGUGGUGGCCCAACCUGGCCUUGAAGUCCCUCACCCCCGGCCUGAAAUCUCCAGGCAUCAAGUCUCUGACUUUCUUGGGAAUGUCCCCAACUCCAGCCCCCAAGUUUCCCAAACAUACCCUGACACCAAAGGUCCCUGACCCUCAGCAUCAAGUCGCCCAUCUAGAUUCAGGAAGUCUCCAAUCCUGCCAAAGAAGUAGGUGGUGGCCCACUUUAGCCCCAAAUUUGCCACACCCCAGCCUUGAAAUCUCCCACCUGACCCCCAAAUCUCAAGGCUUCAAGUCUCCAAUCCCUUUGGGAAAGUCCCCAACUCCAGCACCUAAGUCCCGGACCCCCAGCAUCAAGUCUCCUGCUCUGACCAGAUUCAGGAAGUCUCCAACCCCAUCCUGGAAGUAGGUAGUGGUGAAGGUUUAUAGUAUAAGCGUGAACGUGGUAGUCACGAAACAUAAAGAAAAAAAUCUAACUUUUAUGGUGACAUCGAAUAUUUGCUUGAUGAGACAUGUUGAAAAGCUGCACCUUCCGCUACGUUACAUGCUAGCAGAAUGCCUGGUGGGGGGCGUCGAAGUGUGGCAGUUAGCACUUCUUGUUUUGGAACCAAAUGUAACAAGCGUUUUUAUUUGGAAGAUCAUCUUAAGUGAUCAGCAUCAAAGGGGACAUUCAGUAUCUAGUAUACCAAUUUGUUGUGUUUCUGGAGUUUCUGCCCACCCAUCAAAUUUAAAAUUAAACAACCAAGUCAAGCUUUGUGGCCACAAAUUAGCCUUUUGUGUGCACUUUAUAUCUACAGUAUGUUGUGGUCACAAUUUAUUAAAAUGUUCACGUCAUGUCUCGGGCUCCGUAGUUUCCUGCUGUUUUUCUAUUUUUCCUUUUUUUGGGACUUGUGAAGAGAAAUGUUCC